AUGUUGGUUUUGGCACCUUUUGUCUUCUUAGUGGCCGCGGUCGCUGCGUUGCAAAAUCCGCAUCGUAAGGCUGCUUCCUUUAAACAGUCUGCGAAGGGUUUGCGCAAAAGAGAGGUCUCUGCUGUUCGGACGAAGCAUCAGUUUUUGAACAAGAAGACGGAAAAAUUCGCCGUGAAUGGAACUCACUUCCCGCAAGUCCCUUUUGACAUCGGUGAAAGCUAUGCUGGUCUUUUGUCGAAUGCGCCCGCUGGAAACUCGAGCUUGUUUUUCUGGUUUUUCCCGUCUACCAACCCAGCUGCGGAUAAGGAGAUUACUGUCUGGUUGAAUGGAGGCCCCGGGUGCAGCUCCCUUGACGGUCUCCUACAAGAAAACGGUCCAUUCCUCUGGCAAUCGGGAGUCUACGAGCCCAUACGGAACCCCUACUCAUGGACCAACUUGACAAAUAUUGUCUACAUCGACCAGCCUGCUGACACUGGGUUUUCCCCCGGACCAUCCACUGUCAAAAAUGAAAUCGACAUCGCAAAUCAGUUCAAUGACUUCUGGGUCAACUUCAUUGAAACCUUCAGCAUGCAGGGCUACAAGGUCUACCUCACCGGAGAGAGCUACGCUGGCCAAUACAUUCCGUAUCUGGCCGACGGGAUGUUGAACCGCAAUGACAAAAAGCAUUUCAACCUGAAAGGCAUCCAGAUCAACGACCCCUCCAUUAACGAGGAUAGUGUCUUGAUGUAUGCCCCCGCAGUAGCAGCACUAAACCACUACUCCUCAGUCUUCAACCUAAACUCAACCUUCAUGACUGAAAUUAACCACCGCGCCGAUAUAUGCGGCUACACAGACUUCCUCGAGAAAGCUCUCACCUACCCCCCACCCAAGAAUUUCCCCAUAGCACCAGACCCCAACACACCCGGCUGCGCCGUCUUUGACGAUAUCAUAGAAGCAGCAACCUACGUCAAUCCCUGCUUCAACAUUUACCACCUAACAGACUUCUGUCCCUUCCUCUGGAACGAAAUGGGUUUCCCCUCACUAGCCGGCGGACCAAAUAACUACUUCAACAGUUCGGCCGUACAAGCAGCGCUCCACGUCCCGCCAACAGACUACUCCAUCUGCGGCGGCGACAUCUUCAAACACGGUGAUGGCUCAGUUCCCAGCGCUCUCGGGCCAUUACCCAGCGUGAUCGAGCGCACAAAUAACGUCCUCAUCGGUCAUGGAUGGUACGAUUUCUUACUCUUCGCUAAUGGGACGCUCGCUACGAUUCAGAAUAUGACUUGGAAUGGAGCGCAGGGAUUCCAGAAAUCACCUGAUGGGCCUUUGUUCGUGCCGUACACGGAUGCGCUUGAGCAGAUUGCUAAGGGGGAUGCGGGUAGACCUUGGAAUUACGAUGCUGGUGGUGGUAUUCUUGGAACGGCGCAUACGGAGCGGGGACUUACGUUCAGUUCGGUUUUCACGGCUGGUCAUGAGAUUCCGCAGUAUACUCCCGGUGCGGCUUAUAGACAGUUGGAGUUUUUGCUUGGGAGGAUUGAGAAUCUUCAGCAGAAGGGGUCUUUUACGACUUUGUAA